AUGCCAUGUGGUUGAGACUGGGAAACUUUGAUUGACAUCAUCACCACCCAUCUGAUCUGGUUUUUGUCAAAGCUGCAACGAGCGCGUCCUCCUGACUGACAGCUGAUGAUCAGAUGGAGGGUAGCUAGCUGACGCUACGGAACUAGCUAGCAGUAAAGCCGUCAACGAAAUGAAACAAAGGGGUAUGAGGGCGUUAUAGUUCUCUUUUGAAUAAACUAAGAGCAGAUUAAACCAGCAUGAUAAAUAGCCAGCUAACAUUACGCUUGCACUAACAAGCGUGUUAUAGUUGUCCAGUUCUCGCCGGCAAGCUUCUCUUUCUGUUUUCCUAUCUUAAUGUUUUCUAGCUACUGUAUCACAGCUAGCUUCGCUAAAAGUUAGCUAGCUUAACGACGUAAACGCUUUUUUUCUUAAAGAUUUCUAAAGGCCUGUCCAUUCUGACAAUUGGGUAGCUAAUCAAGUACAUCAUCACCAGCAACUAAUUUGGUAAGAAUUUGAGAAGUGCACGUGGAUUUCCAUCCAGUAGGAUGGUUUUUGUUUGCCAUAGCACUACUGAUCUGUGCCACUCCGCCUAGCUGCCAUCCAUCUCCAAUAACACCAUGACUGACGUUCCCAUUCGGAUCGUCAUGAGACUCCUCCACGAGUGCUCCAAAUGAUAUGAUAGUAGCUACCUGGAUUACAUUCUGUGCCAGCAGGAGCCUUACGCGGGUCCUGCUGCUCUCUCUGGAGCAGCUAUCAGUACGGUUUUGGGAAAGCCUCUGGACAAACGGAACCAUGGGAAACAGCUGUGUUUGUAGAGAGGACAGUGACGUGGAGGAUGGAUUGGCCACUCGUGGGCAGCUGAGGCGAGUUGAUCACGCUGCUGCAGAACCCCCAGAGGCUCGAAGCAGUCGGCCCCGGGACCCUGUCAGGCCGCCCCGGCGAGGCCGGGGACCACACGAACCCCGCAGGAAGAAACAAAAUGUUGACGGGCUGGUGCUGGACACACUUGCUGUCAUCAGGACUCUAGUUGACAAUGACCAAGAGCCCCCUUACUCCAUGAUCACAUUGCAUGAGAUGGCAGAAACAGAUGACGGCUGGUUGGAAGUGGUCCAGUCUCUCAUCCGGGUGAUACCGCUGGACGAUCCUCUGGGACCGGCUGUGAUAACGCUCCUAUUAGACGAGUGCCCGCUGCCCACCAAGGAUGCUCUACAGAAGCUGUCAGAGAUGCUAAGCCUGAGUGCCGUUGUGGCCCGCCAGGAUGCUGUCAUCCCUUCCAAACACCGCAACACAACCGCGGUACUGGGCUGCCUGGCCGAGAAACUGGCUGGUCCAGCCAGCAUUGGACUCCUGAGCACUGGAACCCUGGACUACCUGUUGGAGAGUCUGAGUUCUGAGGCCCAUCCCACUGUUAUGCUCUUUGCCCUCAUAGCCUUGGAGAAGUUCUCACAGACCAGUGAGAACAAGCUAACAGUGUCUGAGUCAUGUAUAAGUGACCGGUUGGCGGUUCUGGAAUCGUGGGCUGACCACCCAGACUACCUGAAGCGCCAGGUCGGCUUCUGUUCCCAAUGGAGUCUGGAUAACCUCUUCUUGAAAGAUGGCCGUCAGUUUACUUAUGAGAAGGUGAACCUGAGCAACAUCAAUGCCAUGCUGAACAGUAACGACGUCAGCGAGUAUCUGAAGAUCUCUCCUACUGGACUGGAGGCUCGCUGCGACGCGUCCUCUUUCGAGAGCGUCCGCUGCACCUUCUGCGUGGACUCAGGCGUGUGGUACUAUGAGGUCACGGUGGUCACCUCGGGAGUCAUGCAGAUUGGCUGGGCCACCAAGGACAGCAAGUUCCUCAACCAUGAGGGCUAUGGGAUCGGAGACGACGAGUACUCGUGUGCAUAUGAUGGCUGCAGGCAGCUCAUCUGGUACAACGCCCGCAGUAAGCCACACUCUCACCCCUGCUGGAAGGAAGGCGAUGCCAUAGGUUUCCUACUGGACCUCAGUAAGAAGCAGAUGCUUUUCUACCUGAAUGGACAUCAGCUCCCACCAGAAAAGCAGGUGUUUUCCUCAGCAACGUCUGGCUUCUUUGCAGCAGCGAGUUUCAUGUCCUAUCAACAAUGCGAGUUUAAUUUUGGGGCGAAACCCUUCCGCCACCCCCCAUCUGUCAAGUACAGCACUUUCAAUGACUUUGCCUCGCUGGCGUCUGAUGAGAAGAUUAUCCUUCCCAGACACCGUCGCCUGGCCCUGCUCAAGCAGGUGAGCAUCAGAGACAACUGCUGCACCCUCUGCUGUGACCAGAUGGCCGACACUGAGCUGAGACCCUGUGGACACAGUGGGAUGUGCAUGGAGUGUGCCUUACAGCUGGAGACGUGCCCACUGUGUCGCCAGGACAUCCAGACGCGCGUCAGACUCAUCUCGCACGUGUCCUGACACGUCACCUCGGAACCAGGACAUGGACACUCCUCCCCGGCCCUCCCCUUCUCCAGUCACCCCUAACUCAGUUAUCAACCCGACCAAUAGGACUGUGAGGCUGUGUCCGGAUUCCCGAUGGGACACUGGGCUUAGUGUGAGAUGGGUGGGAUGGUCCUGAUGAGACCCCCCAGGGGAGAUGUGUGGGGGAGAGUGUAGGAUGACAAGGACGUGGAGGUGGAACAUUUUCAUCCGCUACACUCCAUGGCGCGUCCUCUGGACAUCAAGCCCCCACGCCCAGCCUGGAAGCAAGAAAGGGCUUGGAGAGCGGAAGUGAUAGGGGGAGGAAGACAAUUUGAGACGUGUGCAGGCGGCAGCAUUUCCGGAAUCAUCCCAUCAAUCUCAUUGUCAUAAACUCACACAGUAUCCACACAUGGAUCUGCCUAAUCGUCCGUCUUCAGGCUAUGGUCAAUGUGUUCUGUGUAUCUCUGCUCAGAUGUUUGAAAUGUGUCUGUGAUUCUCUUGUUUUAUUCUGACUAAAUGUAAAGGCACAAAACUGACAUUAUAGUCCCAGCGAAGGCUGUCUUGUUGUCCAUGCCCUGCUCUAUCCUACAAUACCAACUGAGCACAGGUUUGUGCAUAAAAGGCUGCAAUUUCAUAGGCAGCUCAAUACUGAUCUUUGGCUCAUUAGUGGCAAAACAUCAGAAUUGAACUGCCUGUGCAGCUUUACACUCAAUCUAUCUUUCUGCUCUACUUGAAACACUUCUGGGUUGGUUGAAUAACAUUCUGUGAUGAGAUUGUGAAGGUAAACUAACGAGCUGUGAUUCAAAAAGUAUUAUAUUUGUGUAUAAUUAGAACUCAAAAUUGAGUUGAUUGCAAUUAAGUUAUUGAAGUUGCAGCUAAUUGGGAUAGUUUAAUUCCCAGAAUAGCAUGAAGUGGUUCUGUAAAAUCAUCCAAACAAACCCAGGAAGUCAGAAAUCACAUCUUUAACAGUAUGAAUGACUACAGUUGAUUAGGGCAAUUGACAAUGUGCAUAUAUGGAGAACCAAUUUUCUCCAUUCCAGACAAUUGGUCCUGGAAGAAAUUCAGUCGAAAGGUAAAUUGUAUCAAAAUGUCUUUAAUGGAGUAGCCCAAGGGGUCCCAAAGAUGUGAUUUACGGAAUAAUCAUUGUUUUCUGGAUUGUGAUAUUUGUAAUAAUAAAUGUAAAAUGUGUUGCAUA